UAUACACAAUAUACGUAACCUGUUCUUUUUAAUACAAAAAAGUAUUGAGAUUUUUCCAAUUGAACUUGAAUUUACCAUAAAUGAAGUAAUACAUAAAAAUGUGUGUGUAAUCAAACCGAAUGAAAUGGGAUUGCAAAUUAAAUCAAGAUACGAACAACUAUAUUGUAACCUUUUAUGGUGUUUUGUUGCUAUUUUCAUUUCCGGUAACGUGGAAGGCACAUGUACGCCUAGUGACGUUACAAAUGACCUUCAAAGGUGUUUCCGCAUCCAGGAUAUCGGUUGGUAUUAUCAGUUCCCAAUUGGACACGGCAGUUCUUUCUACAAAAAUCUUUGCGCGAAUUCUACUUGCAUGUCAUAUUGCUUACAGGAAGUUGCUAGCGCAUGCGUUAGCUAUGACUUUAUGACCGUUCUUGGGAAUGGAUCCAGUCUUGUGGCAGCGUACGUUGGACUCUGUGAACAAUCACAAACAGAUGUGCAAGCAUUUCUUGAAUGUGGCAAAGACAUUGACAACCAAGUUGCCCUAGACUCUAUCAGUGACUACCAAAUCAAACUUGAAAGUUAUUUCACCAACAGCAAUGAGAAUGCCACUGCAAUAUUGACUGGAAUGCUAUGAUGGUGAAUUUGACGGCUUUGAUUACCGGUAGCUGUUCAGAUAACACACAAUGGAAGACAUUCUUGAAUACCGUAUCGUACUUCUGUGACAACACGACAACUCCGCAGUGGUAUACGAACUAUUCUUCAUAUGAGGUCAAUAUAUGUGU